AAGAUGUAGCUACUGAUUUUGUUACUGGUUCCAGUUUCUGUGUUUCAAUGCUUGUCUUUUGUGCCUAGAUAAUUAUGUAAACACAGAAAAAAUAGUGGUGCCAAAAAUAAUGGAUAACAGUUUUGGUACAGAAAUAUUAUUGUGUGUCCAAGUUAUGACAAUGGAAGGAAAAUGCAAAAAUUAUGGUUUAAAUAAAAACUUUUAUAUGUAUUUUAUAAGUUGUCUUGUAGGAAAAUUGAUUAUUGCAAAAAAUACAUUAUUUAAUGGAAAUGAUAAUAUUUAAGUUUUUCUGUGAAUUCAAAGGAAGACUGCUGUAGAAAAAAAUAAAAAUGGAAUGGAGGAUUUGUUUCGAUGCAAAAUAAUUUGAAAUUGUAUAUUGUUUGAAAUUGAAAAUACAAUGAUCUGAAUUUUCUUAAAUAAUUAAAGAUAAAAGAUGAUUUGGAAUGCUUCUACAAAAGCAUAAGAGUGAAAGAUUGAUUUCAGCAUUUUCUUGAAAAUGACAGACUUUCUUUCUAAAAGGGUAACUCAGUGUUAUUUUAUGAUGAUGCAAACUGCCACUGAAUUCAAAUGAAAUUAUUAAACCAAGAUUUUAUAAAAUCUGUUUUAUUGGAUGGAAUUCUGGGAAAUAUUGCAACUCUUCGCGAAUGUGGAGUAUCAAUAAGUUCAUGUAAAACUUCUUUCGUCCUAACAGAAACUUAAUAGCAGUGACACUUUUGAAAAAAAGUUCAACAAUUUACAUUUUGAAAAUCGGUUGAUCAUCAUGGAGUUCCGGGAAAUGUUCAUGUUCAGUAGCUUCAGGGCAGACAACUGGGUGUCCGAGAGUUUCCAGAGGUUUGAAAACUUCUGUAGUCAAAUGGACGCUAUGACAUCAAGGUCUUUACUCGACAUGAAACCGUUCGAGCCCCUGUCUCUGGACAUGCGACCUUUCUCACUAAGUGAUACUCUUAUUCCGCUCGAUCUUUUCCACAGAAAAAAGACGGAUGACAAUCAGUGGUGGGAAUUGUUUGACCCGAACACAUCACGUUUCUACUACUACAACGCCACGAGUCAGAAAACCGUGUGGCAUCGGCCCCAGAACUGUGACAUCAUACCGUUAGCCAAGCUACAGACAUUGAAACAAAACACAGAGGUUAGGGAUGAGUUGGCUGCACCAAAACGGGAAAUCUCCACCCAAACUCCGCAGCCAAACACGAGACGAGAGCACCACGUGCGCACAGGGUCGUUGAAGGAGAAAUCCAGCCAGCCCUUUACCAGUCCCCAUCCUGGCAGAAAGCAACGAUACAGUCGCCAGGAUUCCAGCUCUUCGUUAAGCAGCUCUGGCCAUUAUGAGAGUUUCCGAGAACAAAGAUCCAGUCUGGAGCGUGUUAGCUCGGAACAGCUCCGUAGACGUGGAUCACAAACAAGUUCACAUUCAUCCACCCAUGCCGGCUACUCGUCAAGUCCAUCAUUUCAGAGUGGGCUCGGGCGACGGGAAAGUUUUGAAAUGUCACCCCGCUUGGUGGACUCCCCACGAUUGGGGCGAAACCAUUCCGCUGUGCAUAGGAGCGAGAGUACACAAAGUGGUGGUAUGCCCAAUCGAUCAGGGAGUUAUAGAUAUCCAGAUACAAGAAUAAGGGAGGAACUGCCUCAGUCUUACACGCGCGAUGACUCGUACCUGUAUCAAGGGCGUGGGUCGGGAUUUGCCCGCGGUGGAUACCACCGGGGCAGUGGGAGUGAUAAGGAGUACGUGUAUUCCAGUAGAUCAGAAACCUAUACUCCGCCAAAUAGACUUGACUCAUUUACACCACCACCAUUACAUUCAAGAGAGAACUCUUUCCACGAGUCUGUCCAUUCUCAUGAAGACUCAGUUCCCGAUCAUCACGAACAUCUCUACAGCCCUGUCUCAGUUCAGUCAUCUCAUUCAUCUAGCUAUCGCCAAGAAAACUUGUACAGUCCAGUGAUGAAUAUUUCCCGCGGGGAGAGUGAUCGCUCCCGCUUUAGCCCGAUUAACGCAGGAACCCCGACACCAACUCGGGAAUUAGAAGGUGGUUCGGAUAGAAUGUACAGUCCUGUUAUACCUUCUGACAACCAGUGUUUAGCAUUUAGCCAAGACAUUCUGUGUCAACAACAGGGUGGCCAUGUAAGUCCUUCACCUACUAAACCUAAGUUACGAUUUCCUAGGACUAAUCCAACUUACAUAGGUGGAAGUAAACGUGACGGAAAUGCGGGUUAUAGGAAGAUAGGUCCUGACCAGCUGUCAGACUCUGGUGCUAGUGACGGUCAACCAGUGAAUAUGUCUGCAAUGCAGACAUCACAAAUUCAUCCGGAAUAUUUUGAAACAGGAUUUCCUAAUCGACAUGAGCGUUCAGAUAGUGAUACUUCCCACUCUUCUCCACAUGCUUACGGUGUUGAACGUAAAGACAGUCGUUCAUCGCAUUCAUCAAUGCGUUUACGUGACAAUGAUCGAGAUCGUGACCUCUCAGAUUCUCAAUCCUCCCAGGGGUCAGUGCGAAAUAUGUCGGAUGUUCAGUCCGAGGGGUCGUUACGAAACAUGCAGGAUAGUGCUGUGUCAUUUCAAGAUUCCAUUUCUUCGCGUGGAUCAAAUCGGAGUUUUGGUGCAGAUCGUGAUAAUAAAGAUCGGACUAAAGGUGACUUACAAUUUAGUAAUGUUACUAAUAAUCAAUACUUACAGCAACAGCAGCAAAUUUCUAAAGUCCCAGAUGAAGACGAGGAUUCAGAACCAGAAUAUGCAAAUAUUUUAAAUAUUCCUCCACCAAUGAAAAUAGAAGAAUUAAGUGACAUGAAAGUAACAGAUAUAAGCCCUGUAAAAUUUCAACUUAAUGAUGAAAAUAAUAUUAGAAAUGUAUUGAAAGAGCGCAACUCUAAUAUAGACGUAGUGGACUUUGGUGGGGAUUUACGUAAUGGGGAUGGUUCGGUCACGCUUGAGUUGACACGGGAGAUGAACGGGAAAACAGAGGAAGAGGAGGCGGAGGAGUUAGACCAGGUCAUUGACCUCAUGCAGAGUUCACAGUAUUCUGAAGAUCAAGGCUUUGAAGACACAGAGAAUUCUAACGUGUUCCAAAACCCGAUGUUCCUUGGUGGUAUCCCAGUAAGCCUUGAAACCCAACAUGCCUCAUUGAAGCGGAAAAAGCCUGAGAAACCGGAGGGGGGCCAGGGAAGUCCAGGUUCAGAAAAGUCUCACUCCAUGAACCUUGACCUCACCCAUAGACCUCUGUCGAUGGUGGUGCCCAGCCAGUCUGAGUCCAGCAUGCCGGUGUCGUCCAGUAUUGGAUCCCUUAGUAGACAGGGUCGAGCUGGAACAUGUCCACCAAUGCGGGAAGGCAAGCACCUUUCUGUGAAACAGAAACUGCCGUCUGACAGCGACAUUGAGAAUUAUGCCCAGCAACAUCUCAACAAACACAAGAAGGGACUGUUUGGGAAAAAUGUUCCCUUUACUAACAUGCUCAAAUGGUCGAAGGACCUGAUCACCAAGCCGAUGCUGCGGACCAAUGACAAGAAUUGCAAGAAAGAAGCUGUCGAGGUGUUUAAGCUGAUCCAAGCUUACAUGGGUGAUCGUAAGACCAAGCUCACUCAGUCACAACUCGCGCUGGAAAUCACGAGCAAGGGGUGGAUGCUCGGCCCUGAUCUCCGUGACGAGAUUUUAAUACAAAUCUGCAGGCAGACCACUGAGAAUAAGAAAGAGGACAGCUUACAGCGAGGCUGGGAGUUAAUGGCGAUUCUACUCAACUUUUUCCCGCCCACCCUCAAGUUUUACAACUAUCUUGAGGGCUACAUCGGCAAACACAUUGACCCAAAAUAUGACCUGGAAAAUUUCUCUCUGGCUCGCUGGUGUAAGACCCACGGCAUCCGAUACACGGAUAUCAUUGAUGACGAGCAUUACAACCAUGUUCCCAUUCACCACUUUGCAGAGCACUGCAAGCGGCGUCUCGACAGGAGCAUGCAGUCUGGGGCCAAACGAGGCGUGCGCAAACCUUCCAUGGAUGAAAUUGAACAGGCAAAGAAGUCCAUCUACUGCCCGUCCAUGUUUGGGAGCACGUUGGAAGAUGUGAUGAAAAUGCAGAGAGACCAUUACCCGGACAGACGGUUACCAUGGAUACAGACGACGCUCUCUGAGUGGGUUCUAAGGCUUAACGGUGCUCAGACGGAAGGGAUCUUUAGAGUCCCAGGUGACAUUGAUGAGGUCAACACACUUAAGAUCCACUGUGACCAAUGGAAGACACCGACAGAAUGUUCCGACCCCCAUGUCCCCGCCUCACUGCUCAAACUCUGGUAUCGCGAGCUUGAGUCUCCACUCAUUCCUGCAGAGUUCUACAGUGACUGUGUCAAUAAUUUUACAAAUGCAGAGGCAGCUGUUGACGUGGUUAACAAGUUGCCGGAAAUCAACAGGCUGGUGUUAGCGUAUCUAAUACGAUUUUUGCAGGUAUUUGCAGCAAAUGAAAAUGCGUUAGUUACUAAAAUGGACGUGAACAACCUCGCAAUGGUGAUGGCGCCGAACUGUCUUCGAUGUCAGUCGCAGGAGCCCCAGGUUAUAUUCGAGAACACGAGGAAAGAAAUGGGCUUCAUUCGAACACUCAUACAGAACCUCGACACUAGCUUUAUGGAUGGGAUUGAAUGAUGGAUGUUUUUAUUGGGGGAAAUUUAGUGGUACCCAGUAAGGGCCUCCUGUUAAAUGAAAGAUGUUAAAGGGGUGAAUCUGGAUAUUUCCCCUAAGGGCCUCAUAGUGUGGUAAUGAAAUGGGAGAUCCUGCCAACCCUGUAAGGGCCUCGUUGUUGAAAUAAGAAAUGAUGAAAUAACCAUAUAAUGCAGGAGAUGGGUAGAUUCAUUGUUGAAGUAGGGGCUAUGGCUAGGAAGGGGCCCCAGUACUUUGGUUGCUGCAAGGGCUGUGAUUGUUUACAUAUUUAAUUAAUUGUCUCUCACUUUUAAAUCCAGACUCUUCAAAAACUUACAUUUUUGAGUUUUUCUAGAACAUUGUAGAACAGUGGUUGACGUAGCAUUGUGAGGUUUCUAUUGCAAGCUUAACUUGAUUGCAGGUUUUUUAGAACUAUUUUUUCUUUGCUUGUCUACCAUAUGGGCCUCACAACACUUAUGGGCUUCAAAUUUUAGAAUAAAAUUGAUAUUGUAUUGACUUGUUUCUUAACUUUUAAUACAACAAAAAAAUGAACAGUUUUGAUGGAUGUUAUAAAACAAGAAAUAGUUAUUAUGAUGUUAGAAUCAUGUUUUUGAAAUUAAUGAUAUAAGCAAAUGAAUAAUUCAGGAGAAAAAACAUGAAAAACGUUCCUUCGUAUUUGACCUGCCAUUUAUGUCUGUGCAAUUUUUAUAAAAGCAGAAAAUAAGAUAGAAGUCUAAUGAAAUCACAAUUGCUGAUUUUCUUGUUCAAAUCAGUUAUAAAUAAAUUGGUCUGUCAUCCUUAGCAAACUUGUGUUUCUUGGCGAUGUUACAUUGUAUACUUUUUCACUGCAUCUAGCGAUAGCUUAAAUUCAUCAUUUCAUCUUGGGCUUUGUAUUUUCAGAAAUGUGAUAUUUGUAUGUUUUUAAUCAUUACUUCAUGAAUCAAACUGCAGCUGGUGUCUAUAUAUCAUAUCUGCCAUACAUAGUUUUCUUGUUUGCAUUAAGUUAUUCUAGUGUAAUAUUAUUAAUUAGUAGCAGACCACCUUAGUAUUUAAAAAAAUCUUAGAAAAAAAAAACUUGAUUUAACAAUUUUUAUACAAAUAUUUAUAUAUUAUUUUGCCAUUGAAAGCUGGUCCAGCUUUUAUGUCUUUAUAUUUCUGAUUUUCUGAUAAGCCCACUCUGGCUUUAAUGGACAGUUUAUGUUGUUACGAUGUAUCCAUGUUGUUUUUGGUAUCCCUCAUGUUGGUGAAUAGUAUUUGAUUUGUAUCUUAUUGUUUGUUUUUAACAUUUUGUUUUUCUGUACGAUGUUGUUAAGUUUAUAUUCUAGUUGGAAUAUUUUAAGUGGAAUAGAUGAUAUUAUUUUGUGAGAGGCAUAAUCUGCUGAAAUUUGAAUAGAUCUGUUUGAUUUUAAUAUUGGAAUAAAAUGUUAAGAAUCAUUGGCAAGAAUAUUCUUCUGUUUAGGUGUACAUUUAGUCCAUGCAUCAAUUCAAAUACCAAAAUUUACUGUGGAUGAUACACUUAGAUAGAUAAUGCGCAAAAGAAAAAUACCGGUAGAGAGAAAAAUGGGUAAAAGAAUACUCUUAAUACUAUGUUAAACAUUGAAAAAAACAAACAAUCCAUUUAUUGCAAGUCUAUUAAUAUGAUUCAUAGGCAGGAAAAUUUUAUUACAUAUUCUGUGGAGUAUUAACUACAGCUCUAUAUGUACUAUCUAUCUAUGUACAAUUAGGAAAUUAAUUCCUUGUGAUACAUCCAUUGAACAAAAAAUGAAUUGACGAUAGUUGAUACAAGACUUAAAGUACAUAUAACAUGGCAAAAGAAAAAUCUAGUUUAUUUAAGUUUAGUUUUGAUCAAACGCAUUCAUUUCAUUCAUCAUCGCUUUUUGAACAAAGUUUACACUCCUUAUAUUAAGGCUAUAUUGGAAAUAUUGUAGGUGUGUUAUAACUAUAGGGUGCUUAUAUGAAGAUGGUCAUAUAUUUGUUUUUCUAUGAGAAUGUUCCAGAAACUUGAAAUACAUGUAUUGGUCUGAAUUCUUUUUCUUUCUGUAUGGAAUUUGUUAUGAUUGAUUUUCAUAACAUGUGUUGGUCAAUAUUUAUAGGGCACAUUUAGUCGAAGAUAUAACACAAGCAAUUUAUUAAUAUUAUUAUGGUUUUCUUUUAGUAUUUAAAAUUAGUUUGGUAUUGUGCUUUGACAUUUAGUGUACAUGUGUAUAUAUUAGAGCUCUUAAUUUGUUUUGUUUAAAACAGUAGUUAUCCAUUUAAAUAAUUUCCUCCAGUUUAGCGGGUCUGGUUUUCGAAAAAGAAAGAAUGUAGAGGUGUUGUCCUGGCCUUGGUGUCAUCGUCAACGUUUUUUGCGAAACAUUUUACACUAAAAAUUGUUCAAAUGAAACUUGGUAUUCAUGUUGCAAGUGACAAUACACACAUGUUUAGCAAGGGCUAUAACUCUGGCUUAAUAGUUGUAAAGUUAUGCCCCUUCUGAGACUGAAGAAACAAAAACAGACGAGCCUUGGCCUUGACACUCUCGGAGCUCUGUUUUUUGUUUUUUUCAUAUUCAGUAUACUACAUAAACAUAAAUAAACAUAAAAAAGGUUAAAUCAAUUUAUUCUUACAGCAAUUAAAUUUAAAAUAAAAAAAACAUACUAUGACUGUGUCUUUUAAUAAAAGAAGAACAUGUACAUUCUUUCAAAGACUUUGUUUAUAAUUGAUUUAGUAACAAAGUCAGGAGCAAGCUGAAUUUUUCAAUUUAUACUAUGUCAAAAAAUAGCUGAAAAAAGUUAUUUCUGGAUUUAUGACACUUUUUUAUGACACUUUUCACACUUUUAUGUCUGCAUUCAGUUGAAAUUUAGUACUGAAGCAAAAAAAAAUAAGGUUGUCUGACAGUGUUGAAUAAGAAAUACCCAUAUCUUAUGUAUGUGUAAGUGUAAAUGACCUUGACCAUGUCUCCUGUGAUAAUUAGGUUAACUUUAAGCAUACUACCAAGUUUGGUAAGGAUGUUUUCCAGUGUACAUCCAAGUAUGAAUGAGUAAAUGUACCAAUAUCAUACACCCAUUAAUCAUGUUAAAUAAAAUAUUUGCUUGGAAGGAUAUUAGGAAAUAUUGAAUAUACCAGAUAAUAAAACAGUUUUCUCAAUGAAAAAAAGAAUUCCAUGGUCAUGUUUGGUUAGAUACAAAAUAAUAAUGUAUUUAUGUUCAACAAGAGACCUUGACUUUCAAUACUUUCAUUCUUUUUAUUCUGUAUUUUUUACUGCGAAGUUUUGCAUUUAAUAAUAAAUUUAUUUGAACAUUUUAUCUUUACCUCAACAUCAGUGAUUCAUAAUUGUAUAUUACCUUUUUGUUGAAAAUUAAAUAUGAUUGUAAUUUGUAUACCUCUUUGUGUACCAAACUAAACACUUGUUCAGUAAUUGAUACCUCAUGAAACUAAUCAUGUUUAAUAGCAUUAAACCCAUUCACAAAGUUUGUGUAUUAUGAAAAUUAAGGGAAUGUUACAUUUAUCUUGUAAAAUAGCAUUUAAGGAUAUGACAAAGGGGCAUUCUGGCUAGAACAUUUGUGGAGUUGGUAUUUCUGUCCGUAGUGAACUGAAAUGUUAACAAAAUUAUGUUGGUUUGUCUUAUAAAACACAUUUUACAUUUAUUUUCAAUACUUCAACAUGAGAUAUAGCUACUCCAUAUUGUGUUUUUCAAAGUACAACUUGAAAGUAUUGGUUCAUACAUAUUUGCGAAGCAUUUUUUCGAUUUUUCGUUACAAGUUUAAUAACAAAGAAUGCCUAAAUGUUCCUCAUUAUUGUAAAAGCCAAAUCCAUGACCACGUAUUCCUUACAUUCAUGUGUAAAUUAUCUUGCCCGAUGUUGUAAUAAUGUUAAUCUGCAUUCAAAUUGGUGUUACAUCUGGAGUAAAUUUCAGAGUAAAUUUGAAAAGUAUACUCUUUUGUAAGUACUUAUGACUUCUUUUGUGUGAAAAUGUAACCACUUUAUAAAUGCUGUUUGAAAUGCCAGUAUUUAUUGACUCGUCUGUGUUGUCGUUUUUUGUGCCAUGUAUUUUUUUUUUUAAUUUAAAUGAUUCCUAAUCAAAAUAUUGUCAAUUGUUGUCUAAAAGAACACAAUUUUCAAAGAAAUGUUUAUAAUUGCGUUCUGUGUAAAAGAAAUUGUAAAACUGAUGGUAAAAACAACAACAGCAAGAUAAAGUUAGGCCAUAUCAAAUAUUUUUUGUAUUAAGCAGUCAUUGGGGCGGAUAUUGUUUAGAUAAACGAAAUCGUUGUUAACUUUUAAAAAGGAAAUAUUUGAAGAUAUGCUCAUAUAUUUAAGCAGAAACAAAUUCCUCUAAACAGUUGCCUCAAAAUAUUGUUAGAAAUACUGCGUGUCAAAAUUGUAUCCAUUCAACUUCCAGAGCAGUAUCGAUUUAAAAGCUGACAACAAUGACGUAACAACGUUGUUUAAUGUAACAAAGUUCUGAAGAAUUGACCCAUUUAUAACUUUAAAAAAAUGCAAGUUUUAGAAGAUAAAAAGAUGUAAUAAGGUUACAGAGGAAUUUAAGUAAAACAGAUCCUACAGUAAUGACAUGAGUUGACUGAUAAGCCUUCAUUGUACCCAGGUUUCCAACCAAUAUCUGAUGCUUUAUAAUCACAAACAUUUUUGUCAGGUAAAAAGGUAAUUGCUUUAAGACUGAAUGAAAUUUCUAAUUUAUCAUGGUAUGUGCACAUUUAAAUACCAUGGUAAAUCAUGUUUAAAUGCUGUAGAUGAAAAAAAUUGGUUCGGCCUUAAUUGCAGUAAAUUAGUUUUUUAGUGAUUUCUUUUCUUCAUGUAAAUGUUUAUGUUUGUGAUCUGAACAUUUAUUAAAGUGGUAUUGUUGCCUCCCAAAUGCUAUGAAUAUGUCCUCAUUAUAUAUUAUUAUCAUUUUUGUACAUGUUUAGAUUGAUUUUAUUUAUCAUAUAGUUUACAUUGUAGCCUGGUAUUUUGUCUUUUUAACACUGCAAAAUGCUGCAAUAAAAUUAUUACAUUUU